AUGGACCUGGACAGCGACGAUCCCGACCCAGCGGAGGCGGACACCCUCGGCGACCACACCACAGCCCGACGAUCCCAUGGAAAGGGCAAGGCUCUCUCCGACAUCUCCUUGCCGUCUCAGAAGGGCCGCCUGCGCCUGCGACCCGGGGUUCCGGUUGUGGAAGGCUAUGAGGGAAAAGCUGUGAGCAGGGAGGACGUCUUCGGCCGCGAAGAGAAGCAGCCGCAAGGGUACGAUCGCCUGCGCGAGCGCUUGGCCAGAGACUCGGAUGAUGCGGAUGAAGUCGAUGAUGUCGCGGAAGCAUCUGCCUUUAGCAUUUCUGGCGACAUCGAAAAAGAGUACUCGAAGCUGAUGCAGUCAGAACGGGAGAUGGCAGUGAUGCGGCAGCCUUCCAGCGCAGACAUCGCGCAGAAGGAAGAGAAUGCAAAGGACCUAAAGCGGCAGAUUGAGAUGUGGGGUGCGCUUGUCGAGCUGCGAAUCCACUUGGAGGGGGCUCUGUCGCUAGGCCACAGGCUGCCAAGCGGGAUUGUCGCCGGUCUCUUCGACGCUGCUGACAGUCGAAUGGUGGCGCAAUCAAGUGCCGCGGCCUCCGAGGUCAACCAGUUCCUGGGUUCCCUCAUGUCACUCCAGGAGCAGAUGAUCAAACACCAGUGCCCUGGCAUAUCAACCGAUCUUGGCCAAGACGUCAAUGGAGUUCGUCUAGAAGACAAAGUCUGGCAGAUGACCGAUGAGAGGCUUCAAGCAACCUUGGACUGGGCUCUGAACAUUGCAGACGAGUGGAAGGAGCACACGCGUUUGGAUGCCAGGCGCUCCUUUAAGAUGCUCGAUCAGUCGCUCCGCCUUCAGAUGCAGGCAGUCUCUGAUGCCGAGCCGGAGAAGCUGCGAAAGCGUUGCACUCCUCCUCCUGGCAAACAUGCUGUCUUCGGAAAGUCUGUGAAAGCUGUGCCUGAGGCAGGCGAUCCGGUUGCAGGAGGCGCGGCCCCUGAAAGUGCAGAUGCCAGUGUUGGAAACAUCUUUGACGACCGAGAUUUCUAUGUGCAACUGUUGCGUGAAGUGCUCUCCAGCAACGCCGGCGGGGCGCUCAGCCAGAGUGCCGAAGACAAAGAGCUCUAUGCAGAGGUGCAAGGUCGACGGGCUGCCAAGAGGAAGGCACGAGCUGACGUUGAGCGUCGUGCCUCCAAGGGCCGGAAAAUUCGCUACAGGCCCAUCGAGAAGCUGCAGAACUUUAUGACGGGUCGGCCGCGUGGAGCUUUCAACGGCCAAAAGACUGCAGGAUUGGAGGAUGUGGAGCCACUCAGUCAACAUGCCUGCGAUGCCAUGCUGAAGUCUCUGUUCGCACCGGCAAAAGCGCUGUAA